AGCGGAUAACAUACAAAACUUUAUUAGCAAACACCAAACACGCCUCCUCCUAGCACAGUAUCGCGACGCACUAUGUGUCUAAUGUGAGUCCACACUUAUAGUUGAAUAUAAAACUUACCUGAACUGCGGGUCUCUGAUGUGUUUGUGAAAAAAACCCGACUCGUUUUUGACCCACUUCUCAUUCAGAGCUCACCUGUUCACCUGCAAAUGCCGAGAUGCUUCACCGUUCGUUGUGGUCCCGGUUGGGAGCUCAGCUGCUUGUGAAGAGGAAACCAGUCUUCUUCUAUGCCUCGGCCACUCUCCCGCAGUCUAUUCAACCACUCGACUAUGAAACCAAACCCGGGAGGACUCACUCAAACCGCUCUUUUCCUCUGAUAUUUUCAAGGACCUUCUUUUUAAGCGCUCAUCUCCAGCAGCGUGACCACAGAAGAGAUGUUCUGCCUGCUUCACGUGGGCUUAGCAGCACUUUGUUUACUGACCCUGGGAUGCUGACUAAAUGUAGGAGUGGACAGACACGUUUCUAUUCACCCAGUCUUGUGAAAUCUGUUUUAAAAACAACUUUAAAACCAGCAGUGGUGCCUGGAAAAAAGGCUCCCAAAGGACCAAGAACAAAACAACCCUCUCGAGCCAAUCAGCCUGCCCUGAAUGAUGACCAGGAUAUGAUGCAGUGUAUUGCCUACGCAACAGCAGAUCAGUAUCAUUUGCCGACACUUUGCCACGACUUGAUAAGCCACGACUUCCACGAGUUAGAUUUACCAAGAGAUGCUUCAAACGUGCUGGUGAUAAGCACAGAUAAGACUUGUAAACCAGAAGACGAGGCUUUGAUGUUCUUCUUCAGGGAAGGCUCAGUUGUUUUCUGGAACGUUGAGGAGAAAACGAUGAAACAGGUGAUGAGAUUAUUGGAACGGCAUGAGAUCCAGCCUUAUGAAGUGGCAUUAGUCCAUUGGGAAAAUGAGGAGAUUAACUACGCUGUGGUAGACGGCAACACAAAGCUUGAGCGCGGCAACAUCUUUCUGAGUGACAAGAUGGAUCAACCUGAGGCUGUUCUGGAGAAAUUUGCUUUUUCAAAUGCCCUGUGUUUGUCAGUGAAGCUGGCUAUAUGGGAGGUGUCAUUAGACAACUUUGUAGAGUCAAUUCAAUCUAUACCAGAGACGUUGAAGUCUGGCAAAAGAGUUAAGUUGUCCUCAGCAGAGGUCAUGAAGAAGAUAGGGGAGCUUUUUACGUUAAGACACUGUAUAAACCUCAGGUCUGACCUGCUCCUCACACCUGACUUCUACUGGGACAGAGAAAACCUGGAAAAGCUCUACGAUAAGACCUGCCAGUUUCUCAGCAUCAACCGCAGAGUCAACGUUGUAAAUGAGAAGCUUGAACAUUGUUCGCAGUUAACAGAUCUGAUGAGGAGCCACCUGAGUGAGAAGCACAGUCUGAGGUUGGAGUGGAUGAUAGUCAUACUCAUUACGAUAGAGGUCAUGUUUGAACUUGCAAAGAUGAUUUUCUAAACAGCUCCUGCAACAAUGCACACAUCUCUAAAAGGGAACUGAAAUGACAAAGACAGAAUGCUAAACAAAGGUACUUUGUGACAGAUAUAUAUGGCCGUUUUUGUCUGGGAGCAACUGAUAUCUGGAAACGGACAUCAACUGUUUUGGGUGUCUUUUAUUAAACAGUAAAAACAUUUAAACAACAUAACAAAUCUGUUUCCAGUUGUUUUAGUUUGUUGCUAGAUAUGGUGGCUUGUGCUUCUUUGUAGGAUUUGACUGUAUAAAUGCUGCUUUAUACUGCUGUAUAAAGACAAAGACCAUUAGAUUAUUGACAGUUUUUAAUCAUGUGACCAUAUUUUCAAACAGUAUCGUUUCUAAGUGUUGUCUUCUGUACCUAAUUGCUUUACCGUGUUCAUUUCAUUUUUUACACAAUGUUCAAAAAUAUAUCAGUCUUUUUCAAUAAAAAGUAAAUUGCUUUCCAAAGGACUGAGUUGGAAUGCGAGGGCCUGACAUGUGAUGUCAUUCAUGUGACUGUAAACCAAGCAGUAAAAAAAGAAAUCAACAGGCAGUAAUUUAUUCUAAAUCAUCCAAGUGAAAGAACUCCAACUGAAUGCUGUGAAAGAUGCAAUAAAGUCUUUGUUUUAAUUA